AUGGCUCCUCCAGAAGCAACCCAGAACACACCCCUCGCGCCCUCGGUAGAAAAGGCCUACUACAGAAAGUGCAUCGAGUUAAAGCGCCGCCUGAACGACGUCGAAGAAGCCAACGAUGCCGCCCGUCAACGAAAAGCCCGUCUCAACAGAGCAAUCAUGAAGAUGCGCCUCGAACGCGCCUUCCUGCUCGAACAACUCGCCAAGCGUCUCCAAAACACUACCGAUGGUUCCGAGAAGCCUGUGGCUACUGCUGCUGCUACGACCAACAACGCAAACAGCGACUAG